AUGGAUACUCAGCAAGAUGCCCAGGCUGCCAUUGAAGCCUUACAGCGAAGAAGACUUCAAAACCGCAUUGCUCAGAGAAACCGUCGCAAAUGGCAAGCAGAGCUUCAGCGACAGCGACUGGAAGAGCUAGAAAAACAAAUGAAGGGAAGCCAGCAGCAAAGAAAUGGCAAUGCCUGUGCGCCUUCUGAUGGUGAUUACCACGAUUCCCAGACGCGAAACUCGGAUAAUGCACCGAAUAAACCGGAAAGCUCCCAGUUCGAGGGGAAUAUACCAGCUCCUGCCUGUUUUGAAUCAGACAUAUCCCAAUCUGAAGCUGUGGAUUACGGGCGCUACGUUGCCAUCCAGCCCAAGGAGUUGACAAACCAAAAGGAGGGUACUGGCAUUACAAGUUCCAUCCCGAAACUAAAUAAUCUCAAUUUCUUUGAUGCCAUGAUGGAAGAAAUGCCGAACUUUGUACUGGACCCGGAGCCCGGGAUUUGCUCUUUGCCUGCUCCCCUCAGAGCCUCCAAUGAUCUAGAGACACACCAAGAAGAGGCGCCAGAGGAGAAUCUGCAACAUUCCAGCCAGUUUCAGCAGCAGAAAUCCACUGUGACCCAAAACUCUCUCGCAGUGAUGGCUUUAUCCACUGAAAGGAUCACGGCGACCAAUGUGUCCACUAUACGGUCGCCGACGCCGCCACUGGGAAUCCCUGAGAGCCCGCGAAGCGUUUAUAUCGCCGAACACGAAGGGAAAACAGCACUACACAUCAGCGUCGAGCGUGGCAAUGUGGGAAUCGUGCGUUUCUUGCUGCUCUACGGGGUCGACGUCAAUCGGAGGGAUGACUCGGGGCGCACGGCACUACACUAUGCAGCACGCGGUGCACACAUCAAUAUCGCUGCAGAGUUACUUGUAGCGGGCGCGGACCUAGAAGCUCGUGAUAAUGAGGGUAGGAGCCCAUUACAUGCUGCGGCUGAUGCCGAGUGUGAGCCAGUGAUACGGUUGCUAGUGCGAGAGGGUGCGGACCUGAAUGCAGCCAUAGGAAUUAGCGGUAGUAGCAACGGCGAGGAGGGGGAUUAUAUGCCUGAUUAA